GUGUAGGGUGGUGAUGCGGCUUUGGUGAAUGAUGUUUCAUAGCCGUUAGUCGGCUCGUGCUAAAGCGCAGUAUAUCUGAGGAAACGCGUGUGGUGAUAUUUGAAAUACCGUUAGAGAUGUUGGCAUUUAUUUAUGAAACCUCAAAUUUCAAUCUUCCCUCUCAUUUUAAUCUAUCCCUUUAAAACAAGAGGUAGACGAUUACACGGCGUCGAUGGGAAAUGAGUAUUCAUUUUUUUCUAAUAUCGAGUUUUGUGUUAAUUUGUCAUGAGGGAAGAUGGUUGUGGUCUGAGGGCUUUCCAUAGGAAUUCGAGUCUGCUGCAGGAAGAAGGCGGUUUUCCUAAAAUGAUGUAGGUGCUGUAAUUAAAAUCAAAAUUUUGUGCUGAAAAUGAACUUGGUGACGUCUCGGUCGCAUUGCAAAUGAUCAAGAUUUAAGCACCUCAACUUACUGUGGAUACUUUGAAAACGGAUUUCACCUCUCUUUAGGAUGCUGAAAGUGGGAAUACAACUACUGGCAACAACGGUGGAUUUUACAGUUUAAAAUAAACUCUCUUUAUUUUUAGUCUUUUUUUGAAAAUGGAGACCGAUUUUGCAACGAUUCUUGAGCAGUUUAUGUCUGAUCCUUUAGUAACUUGGGUGAAGACUUUCGGGGCGUUAGCUCCAGCAAAUGGAGGAGCACUUUUGGAAUACAUGGAGUUGGUUGACGGCAUCUUUCUUAGUAACAUCAUGGUUCAAAUUAACCCUAAAUCAGAAAAUCAAAGACUAAACAAGGAAAUAAACAAUGAUUUGUCACUCCGAAUUCAAAAUUUAUCUAGUUUGGUGCAUCAUAUUAAAUUGUAUUAUCAGGAGACUUUACAGCAGUUAAUUAUGAUGUCUCUACCGAAUGUCCUUGUCCUGGGCCGAACCCCUCUCACAGAGCAAGGUAUUGAAGAGAUGAAGAAACUACUUUUGCUUCUGCUAGGCUGUGCUGUUCAGUGCGAACGAAAGGAAGAAUUUAUUGAGAGGAUAAAAAGUCUUGAUUUUGAUACAAAGGCUGCUGUUGCAACUCAUAUUCAAGAGGUGACUCACAAUCAAGAAAAUGUCUUUGAUAUGCAGCAGUGGAUGGAAUUAGUUGAUCUCUCCCGUGAGGACCUUAAUGUCUUUUUCAGAAAAAUGGCAAUUAAUCUGAAAAGGCUUGUGGAUGAAAGAGACGAGCAAUGUGAGAUCAUGUUACAUCUUGCACAAGAACGUGACUGUAAUCAAUCUCCAGUCCAUGGAACAGUUCAGUCACCUACUGGAUCCCCAGGCAUGCAGCGAACUGAGAGCCGACAGCAUUUGUCUGUUGAACUGGCAGACACAAAAGCAAAGCUCAGAAGGAUCAGACAAGAAAUGGAGGAGAAAACCGAGCAAUUGUUGGAUUAUAAACAGGAGGUGGAACAGAUGGAAGUUGAAGUAAAAAGACUUCAGCAAGAGAACCUGCAACUUCAGUCAGAUGCUCGUUCUGCUAGGGCAUAUCGGGAUGAACUUGAUUCAUUGCGUGAAAAAGCAAUUAAAGUUGAAAAGCUUGAAAGUGAAGUUAUACGGUACAAAGAUCGACUGCAUGACAUAGAAUUUUACAAAGCAAGAACUGAGGAGUUAAAAGAAGAUAACAAAAUCUUGUUAGAGACAAAAAUAAUGUUGGAAGACCAGCUUGAGGGAGCCCGAGCACGUUGUGACAAAUUGCAUGAAUUCGAGAAAGAGAAUCUGCAGUUAAUGGCUAAAUUACAUGAUAUGGAGAUGGUGCGUGACACAGAUAGAAAGCGUAUUGAGGAGUUAAUGGAAGAAAACCUCACCCUUGAAAUGGCUCAGAAACAGAGCAUGGAUGAAUCAUUACAUUUGGGUUGGGAACUAGAGCAGUUAUCCAAGACCACUGAAGUGUCUGAGGGGGCACACAAAUCUCUGAGCCAGGAAGUGAAUGAGUUGACCUCAAGUCGUUUGCUUAAGAUGGAGAAAGAAAAUCAAUUUCUGCUCAAAACUGUGGAUGAACUUCGCAAUGUCAUGGAUUCCACAGAUGGCAGUAAUUUUAAGAUCCUGGAGCUAGAAAAGGAAAACCAGAGACUUAAAAAAAAGAUGGAGAGACUCCAGGGAGAGAUCAGCAAUGAAAAACAAAGUAUGCAAAGUGUUGAAACACUCAGCAAUGAUCUUAUUAAAGAGAAGACCCAGCUCGAAAAAGCUAUUGAAACCAUUCGAGAAAAUACGGAGGGACAAAUCAAAGUAUUGGAGCAGGAAAAUGAACAUUUGAAUCAGACCAUUGCAUCCCUGAGGCAACGAGCACAAAUCAGUGCAGAAGCUAAAGUGAAAGAUAUCGAGAAAGAAAACAAAAUUCUACAUGAAUCUAUUAGGGAAACUAGUGGCAAACUGAACAAAUUAGAGUUGGAGAAGAAACAAAUCCGAAAGGAAUUGGAACACUAUAAAGAGAAAGGAGAAAGGGCAAAGGAACUUGAGACUCUUUUGAGCCGCUUGGAAAGAGAAAAUGAACAGUUGCAGAAGAAGGUUACUGCUCUAAUAAUUACAUGUGAAAAAGUCGAAGUCUUGGAACAGGAGAACUCUGAUCUAGAAGUGGAAAACAGAAAGCUGAAAAAGACUUUAGAUGGCUUGAAAAACCUUACACUGCAGUUAGAUAUAUUAGAGAAAGAAAACAACCAACUUGAUGAAGAAAAUUUACAAUUGAGGAGGACAGUGGAGAGUUUGAAGUCUAAUAGUGUCAAAUUGGCACAGUUAGAACUAGAAAACAAAGAACUGGAAAAUGAAAAAGAACAAUUAAACAAGAGCCUGGAUCUCUUGAAGGCUUGUAAUAAGAAAACUGAACGUUUGGAAGUAAGUUAUCAAGGGCUUGAUUUAGAAAAUCAUAGGCUCCAAAAGACUUUAGAAAAUAGCAACAAAAAAAUUAAUCAGCUGGAAAAUGAAUUACAGGACUUAGAAACCGAAAACCAGAGCUUACAAAGAAAUCUGGAAGAAUUAAAAAUUUCCAGCAAACGGUUGUUACAAUUAGAGAUGGAACACAAGCUGCUGGAGCAAGAGAAUGUCCAACUGGAGAAAGACAAGAAGCAGCUUGAGAAAGAAAAUAGGAGAUUGCGCCAACAGACUGAGAUCAAGGACUCAACACUGGAUGAAAACAACAUGACGAUUUCUAAUCUUGAAAAAGAAAACAAAUUACUUGUGAAAGAAAUCAACAAGUUUAAAGAUCUUCAUGGACGACUGAAAGAUUUAGAAAAAGACAAUAAAGAGCUAGUUAAACAGGCAACUAUUGAUAAAAAGACUCUAGUGACAUUAAGAGAGGAGCUUGUAAAUGAAAAAUUAAAUACUCAACAAAUGAGUAAUGACUUGGAAAAAUUGACUCAUGAACUGGAAAAAAUUGGACUGAACAAGGAGCGCCUUCUUCAUGAUGAGCAAAGCACAGAUGAUAGCAGGUAUAAACUUCUGGAGUCCAAACUUGAAAGCACAUUAAAAAAGUCUCUUGAAAUAAAAGAGGAGAAAAUUGCCAGUCUUGAAGCACGAUUAGAAGAAUCAACAAAUUUGAACCAGCAACUACGUCAGGAAUUAAAGACGGUGAAGAAAAACUAUAAUGCUCUCAAGCAGAGACAAGAAGAGGAAAAAAAUGUGCAGGGUUUGCAAGGUAAACCUGGUGAAGAAAACCAGACUACAAGAAAAUGGGAGCGAGAGAACCAAGAAGUAACUCGUGAACUAUUGAAGGUUAAAGAUAGACUUAUUGAGGUUGAAAGGAAUAAUGCAACUCUUCAGGCUGAGAAACAAGCCUUGAAAACUCAGCUGAAACAGCUAGAAGCCCAAAAUAACAACUUGCAAGCCCAAAUCCUUGCACUUCAGCGACAGACAGCAUCUUUACAGGAGCACAAUACCACCUUGCAAACACAGAAUGCCAAGCUGCAGGUGGAACAUUCUACCCUUGGUUCUCAAAGUGCAUCCUUGAUGACUCAGAAUUCUCAACUUCAGAAUCAGCAGUUGUCAUUGGAGAAUGAAAAUGAAUCACUGAUAAAGGAAAAAGAGGAGUUGAAAUUACAGUAUGAUUCACUUAUCAAGGAUCAUGAAAAACUAGCUAAAUUACAUGAACAUCAGGCAACUGAAUAUGAGGCCCUCAUCAAUAAACAUGGAAGUUUGAAAUUUGCUCAUAAAAAUUUAGAAGUUGAACAUAAAGAACUUGAGGACAGGUAUAAUGAGCUGUUGAAGCAAAAGGCCCAGUUGGAGGAGUUGGAGACAAUUUUGAAAAAGCAACAAGAGAAAAUGCACCAGGAGGUAGAGAAACAUGAUACUAUGAUGUACAAGUUCCAGAAACUUCAAAAUGAAAAUGAAAGAUUGAACCAAAUAUACAACCACUUGUUAAAGGAAAAUGAAGGAUUGCAGGUGGACCACAAGAAUCUAAAAAGCUUGCUGAAUGCUGCAAAACUAGAGCAUACUCGAUUGGAAGCUGAAUUUGCAAACCUGAAGGAACGUUACCAACAGUUGGAUAUCAAUUCCACUAAACUAAACAACCAAUGUGAGCUACUGAGCCAAUUAAAAGGGAAUCUUGAGGAAGAAAAUCGACAUUUGCUCGACCAGAUCCAGACAUUAAUGCUACACAACAAGUCAUUGUUAGAACAGAGCAUGGAGAGCAAGGAUCUGUUCCACGUGGAGCAAAGACAAUAUAUUGAUAAAUUGAAUGAACUUCGACGACAGAAGGAGAAACUUGAAGAGAAGAUUAUGGAUCAGUAUAAAUUUUACGAACCAUCUCCACCUCGAAGACGGGGGAAUUGGAUUGCAAUAAAGAUGAAGAAAUUAAUAAAACACAAAAAGGAGGGAAACCGAGAACGCAUCAAAUCUCUCUCAAGCACUCCAACCAGGUCAGAAUCAAGUGAUGGAUUCCUUCAGUUGCCUCAUCAAGAUAGUCAAGAUAGCUCUUCUGUGGGUUCUAACUCUCUUGAAGAUGGUCAGACAAUGAAAAAGAGCAGCAUGGCUGCACUGAAAAGGCUGCCCUUUAUGAGGAACAGACCAAAGGAUAAAGACAAAAUGAAGGCCCUGUAUCGCCGCUCCAUGUCCAUGAAUGAUCUGCUGCAGUCUAUGAUUUCAGCAGGAGCACAAUGGUCAGGGAGUUCUGAAAAUUUGGAUGAGCCUAAUGAGGUGACUGCUGGACAGAGGAGGACAGAACUGGGGUCCAUGGCAUUUUCCACAACAGCUAUCAAUUUAGCUACUGCAAACUCUUCUGGCUUGAGAUCCAAACAAAGACUUAAGCCUAAAGGUGUUGCUUCAAAUGAAGAUUUGCUAGCUCAUGGACCUAACUUCGAAAAUUGUAGCACUGGUUCAAGAAGUCGAGUUUCCAGACUAGCCAGCCUUGAUAGUCGCAGGACAUUCAGUAGCAAUAACAAUAAUAAUCUUUCAGCUCAUGCUGUAAAAGCAGGUGCAGUUAAUGGCAGCCACAGUAGAUCCCAAAGCCACAGCAGUGGAGAAUAUGGUCCAGUUUAUGAUGAUCAGGUAUUGUUGAACAGCAGCCUUCAAUAUAAUCAACAUGUACAAAACUUGGAAAAAGUCAACUCAUCCCUCCAAAAUGAAGAACCUAGAAGUGAUGAAACCCAAGCUCAUUCUCAGCAAAGAAAUAAAGCUACAUCGCCUGGAAGCGAAGUAGUUACCUUGCAACAAUUUCUAGAGGAAAGCAACAUAAACCAAUGCCCAGAGGUACAUUCUGAAGGCCAGGACAAUCUUUUAGAUGAUGUUUUCACAAAAAUCGCAGAUUUUCCUGAACUGGGUGGAACUGAGAAAUUGAAUCAAAAAGUAACCAAUAAUGGUGCGACUGUAAAAUCACCUGGAGGAAGAGAGAUUGCAGAUUCUUUUAUUGGCAAAUUGCAAAAGUCUGAACAAUACGUGUGGCCAAUUCUUCGGAAAUCAGACCAUAUCUGUGUUCCCAGCACCACCAUAGAACCAACCAUUGUAAACCAAGGAAAGACUGUGUCUGUCAGCGAAUUGCCAAUUAUGCCACAACGACCAUCCCAAGCAGACUGCACCAGUUCUCCUGUUCUACCCCGUGCGAGUCAUGUGAUCUCUACAGCAGAGGGGUCGAAUCGAAGAACAAGCAUUCACGAAUUCAUGUCACGAGAUAAUAGAGCACCUGUGUCAGUAGAUCCUUCUCCAGGCAAGGUGGUAACGAGCACUCGGACUUUACCCAAUAUGGGAUCUGUGCAGGAACUCAGAAGUACACAAGGCAAAACUGAGGAGCAACAGAGCUCCUAGAUGUAAAUGUUCUUCAUCUUGUGAUUUGGGGUACAGUGAAAGAAAAGUGUCCUUCAAACUGUCAAUUUGAAACCUAUAGUUCAGAAGCACCAAGACUGUCUCCAUAAAGAAAUAUUACUAAAGCAUUAAAUGAUGAAACCUAUUCAGUGACCUCCUUUCAUUAAGCGUAAUGAGACAUGUACUGUUCCUUGAAUCAAGGAGCACAUUUGGACUCAAGUGUUGUUAUGUAAUACUUGCAGAGUAUCGAUUUUUGUGUAGUUCCACAGAUUUCACCAGAGGUCAUUAAAAUCUUACAAGAAAAUUGAAUACAAUUUAGAUGCUAUGAACAGUUUUAUAAACUGUUUGUUCAUCUAACUGAAUUUUAACAAGUUACAGCAUACUUUAGUUUGUUUUAAUUUUUCAUUAAAGCUUUAAAAACAAACUUUAUGGUCGUUUUAUAAUUUGCAAUACUGUGCAGACACAAGCAGUAGUGUUGUAGAACUGCACUGCAUCCUGCAUAAAAUCACAUAGCUUAUGCUAUUUUGCACUAACUAUCUUUGGGGUUUAACAUAUUGCAUGAUGUAUGCCAUAGCAUAAUGAUGUUAAAUUAAGGUUUAUAAUACCGUAACACUUAUUUUUGGCUUGUAAUCCAACACUCAAGUAUAUAAUGUAAAUGCCUCUUCACAAUAGAAUUGAAACCUUGUAUGUCUAUAUGGUUCUUGAUAUGUAUGUGCAAAUUGGAUUUUGUAACAACCUCUUUAAGUUAGCACAAAAUGUGCAAUAUAUUUUGACUGCUGGCUAAGAUUCCGUCAUGUUGAAUUUCUGACAAUAACACCUGACACACUGCAUAUUCACUUAGAGUUUAAUUUUAGGAAGCGUGGAUUUUUCAGUUUCAUAGCUGUUUGAUGUAGUUAUGUUGUUUGUUUUAUAAUCCUAAAGCAUUAGUAAAAUUUUUUACUCCAUUUAAUUUUGUAUACAUUACUGCCAGGAAAAUAACCAUGUACAAAUUGAAUAUAUACGUACUGACUGAGUAGCAACUUACAGCAGUAAUACAUUCACAAGGAUAUUUGCAAUCAAAUUUGUUAUUGUCAUGUUUAGAUUUUGUUUGAAAAUGCAGAUAACCUCAUGUUUUUUGUGGAUUGUAACUUUUGGUUAGCAGACAGGAAUUUUUCUCUUACAUCUUGCAAUCAGCUGACAUUCAGAAGUAUUUUACGUAUCUGUGCAGAGUCUAAAUGCACUGAUUUUAGUUAUAUGUCCUUAGAGUUUAGUAUUUUAAUGAGUUAUUUUUGUACAAAAUAUUCCCUUAUAAGAGUACCGUAAAUGGUUUAUCUUGUGCAAGAUUUGAAUUUAAAAGUAUUUAAGAUUGUUAUUUUCACAGUUUUGUUUACAUUAUUCAAUCAUAAAUAACCAUUUAUAGAUGCUGUAAUGAAAAGCUGGUGUCUAUGUCAUAGAUUAUUUUUUAAAAGAACAUCACAGCAUGCUAAUGUAAUGAACCAGAAGGUACUGAGACAGUGCCUUUGCUUUUUGAUAUCCCGAUUAGAUUUUUGAGUGUCUAAAGUAAACUCAUACUCUUGGUUUAUUUAUGUACAGCUUAAUAAAACAAGUGUUAACUGC